AUGGGUAUUAUUGGAUGUGUUGCAUAUUCCUUAUCAUGUUACACGUGCAUCAGCCAGAGCAGCAACAGUAACUGCAUGACGGCCGAAAACUGUACAGAUGGAAUUGACUCCUACUGCAAGACGACUGUUGCGUCUGCUGGGAUUGGUAGUUUGUCAGUUGCAUCCAUCACUAAGGUAUGUGCCGCAGUCUGCACACCAAGCAGUUUCAGUCUUUCAGUGGCUUCCUCUUCUGUCUCCUGCUGUAACACGGAUUUAUGCAACACCAGUGGGGCUUCCAGUGUGAAAUCCAGCUCUGCCAUCCUGGCUCUGUCUGUGGGGCUCUUCCUGGCUCUGCUGGGGAAAUCCUCUCUCUGA